CCGAGAUUCGGUGCUGCUUGUUCCCUCCCGGAAGAGGCGACCAAAAACGCCUGCGGACCGGCAACAUGGCGCGGAUGGGGAGUAAGGCAGCUGUGGUGCUAUGUAUGGAUGUGGGCUUUGCCAUGAGUAACUCUUUUCCUGGUGAAGAAUCCCCAUUUGAACAAGCAAAGAAGGUGAUGACCAUGUUUGUACAGCAACAGGUGUUUGCUGAGAGCAAGGAUGAGAUUGCUUUAGUCCUGUUUGGUACAGAUGGCACUGAGAAUACCCUUGCUAGUGAGGAUCAGUAUCAGAACAUCACAGUUCAUAGACACCUGAUGCUACCAGAUUUUGAUUUGCUGAUGGAUAUUGAAAGCAAAAUCCAACCAGGUUCUCAACAAGCUGACUUCCUGGAUGCACUCAUUGUGUGCAUGGAUGUGAUUCAACAUGAUACUGUAGGAAAGAAGUUUGAGAAGAGGCAUAUUGAAGUAUUCACUGACCUCAGCAGCCCAUUCAGCAAAGAUCAGCUGGAUAUUAUAAUUUAUAACCUAAAGAAGUCUGGAAUCUCCCUGCAAUUCUUUUUGCCUUUCCAAAUUGGCAAGGAAGAUGGAACUGGGGACAGAGGAGAUAGCAACUUGAGUUUGGACCAACAUGGAUCUUCCUUUCCUCAAAAAGAAAUUACUCAGCAGCAAAAAGAAGGUAUUCAGAUGGUGAAGAAGGUGAUGAUGUCUUUAGAAGGUGAAGAUGGGCUGGAUGAAAUUUACUCCUUUAGAGAGAGUCUGCGACAACUUUGCGUCUUUAAGAAAAUUAAGAGGAGUUGCAUGCCCUGGCUCUGUCAACUGACCAUUGGCUCCAAUUUGUCUAUAAAGAUUGUGGCCUAUAAGUCGAUUCUACAGGAAAAAGUUAGAAAGACUUGGUCAGUUGUGGAUGCAAGAUCCCUAAAAAAAGAAGAUAUACAAAAAGAAACAGUUUAUUGCUUAAAUGAUGAUGAUGAAACUGAAGUUCCAAAAGAAGAUACUAUUCAAGGGUUCCGCUAUGGAAGUGAUAUAGUUCCCUUUUCUAAAGUGGAUGAGGAACAAAUGAAAUAUAAAUCAGAAGGAAAGUGCUUUUCUGUUUUGGGAUUUUGUAGAUCUUCUCAGGUCCAGAGAAAAUUCUUUAUGGGAAAUCAAGUUCUAAAGGUCUUCGCAGCAAAAGAUGAUGAGGCAGCAGCAGUGGCACUUUCCGCCCUGAUUCAUGCUUUGGAUGAAUUAGACAUGGUGGCCAUAGUUCGAUAUGCUUAUGACAAAAGAAGUAAUCCUCAAAUUGGCAUGGCUUUUCCUUAUAUCAAGGACGCCUAUGAGUGUUUAAUGUAUGUUCAGCUGCCUUUCAUGGAAGACUUGCGGCAAUACAUGUUUUCAUCCUUGAAAAAUAAUAAGAAAUGCACUCCCACAGAGGCCCAGUUAAGUGCUAUUGAUGCUUUGAUUGAUUCCAUGAGCUUGGUAAAGAAAAAUGAGGAGGAGGACACCAUUGAAGACUUGUUUGCAACCACCAAAAUCCCAAAUCCUCAAUUUCAGAGAUUGUUUCAGUGUCUUUUGCACAGAGCUUUACAUCCCCAGGAGCCUCUGCCCCCAAUUCAGCAGCAUAUUUUGGAUAUGCUGGAUCCCCCUUCUGAGGUGGCAGCCAAGUGUCAGAUUCCUCUCUCUAAAAUAAAAACCCUUUUCCCUCUGACUGAAGCCAUCAAGAAGAAGGAUCAAAUAACUGCUCAGGACAUUUUCCAAGACAAACAUGAAGACGAACCUACCUCUAAAAAAUACAAGACCGAGGAAGGGGAAGUCCGCUUCAGUAUCUCCAGCCUGGCCGAGGGCAGUGUCACCAGCGUUGGAAGUGUGAAUCCUGCUGAAAACUUCCGUGUUCUAGUGAGGCAGAAGAAUGCCAGCUUUGAGGAAGUGAGUCACCAGCUAAUAAGUCACAUAGAGCAGUUUUUGGAUACUAAUGAAACACCAUAUUUUAUGAAGAGCAUGGACUGCAUUAGAGCCUUCCGGGAAGAGGCCAUUCAGUUUUCAGAGGAGCAGCGCUUUAACAAUUUCCUGAAAACCCUUCGAGAGAAAGUGGAAAUGAAACAAUUAAAUCAUUUCUGGGAAAUUGUCGUUCAGGAUGGAAUUACUCUGAUCACCAAAGAUGAAGCCUCUGGAAGUUCUGUCACAGCUGAGGAAGCCAAAAAGUUUCUGGCCCCCAAAGAAAAACCAGAAGAAGAUGCAGCCAGAGUUGAAGAAGGUGGCGAUGUGGAUGAUUUACUGGACAUGAUAUAGGUUGUGGGAUGUGUGGAGAUCUAAGAGAAUAGAGCUGUGUUGCCAUGGCUGUGAUGCUGGGAGUUUCGUAAAGAACAGCCUGAAGGAACCCAUUCAAGGGGAAACAAGCUCUGGAGACAGUCUCUGCAGAUUACAUGGAAGUGAAUCUCACCCAGUUCUCUGUGGAUUGAAUAUGUGCAUAUAUAUUAUAAGGGAUGAUUUGGACAUCAUAAAAGUUUAUAAAGAGCAAUUGUUAUUUUCGGA